AUGACGAGGUCGACGAAAGAGCCUCUCUUGGCUUGUACGGGUACCUUAGACAAGGUUACCUUUGAUGUUGGCCAAGACGGGCGAGGAUUGGGUAGCCUGGAGGCCAUCUCCUCGGUAGCAAGAAGCAGCAAGGGCGCCAUGAUGCCCGUGGGUAAGAUGGACAGGCAGUGGGGUGUGCGAGAGAUAGAGGCCAAGUACACAUCCAGGUACAAGGACGACAAGGGCGCCGCUGUUUCGAUUGGGGAUGAUCACGGUUUCUGGAGACGGAGACCCAGGUAG